AAUUUUCCCUCCUUUUCUCAUCAAUUUCCCUCUCAAUUUCCCAAAAUAAUCUAAACCCCUUAAAUCAAUAAUCUUCUUUUCCCUUCCCUCAAUUUCCGCCCAUCUCUGAGAUCUAGAAAGGGAUUUUAAGAAGAAAAGAAAAUGGCGAAUUACUACAAUAUCGAUGACAUUCUUGCAGAGGAAGAGUUUGUUCCAGUUGUUUUUCAUAAAGCAGCAAAUGGAGUUAUAAUCGAUCCAAGUUCUGAAACAAACUCCGUUGAACAAGGAGCAAAAGUGGAGCUUCCAUUGUGGCUUGCUCAAGACUUGUACUUAAGGCAAGCCAUAUCCAUAAGCGUCCCUGCCUGUUUCAAUCAAAGAACACGGCUGGAAAUCCAAGCUGAUGCUGCUUGUGUGGAUCUUAAAUCUCGAUCUCCAUAUUUUUAUGAGUUUGGAUGCAAGAUAGCACCACUGGUUGGUGAUAAAACCAUUGAAAUCUUGCUCUUAUCGGCAUUCAAGAUCAGAUAUAAGGAGAUCUUAACCAAGGCAUAUACUGCAGCAUACACAACGGCUUCGAAAUUCUUGACCCUUCUAACAAAAGAAGAAUCAAAUUUGUAUGAAGCAGCUCAAGUUUCGAUGUCGGCCUUUAAGAAGUGGCGGAUGGGCGGCCCCAGGCUUCAAAGAGCUUCAGUUCUUGGAAGGAAAAGGAGGUCAUUUGAAUAAGUUGAUAUCCUAACCUCAAGAUGCCUCUCAUAAAGGUAACAUAUUCACUUAUAGUUUGCCGACUGAAAUUGAUGAAAAAUGUCGAUCACAUGUAUAUCAAUAUUAUAUUUGUUUAUGUUAUUCGGAUUUGUGAGUUUAAUUAGGUUAACCUAAUUUGAUAAUUGAAGUCUUUGAGUUUAAUUAGUUUAA